UCUCAUUCCUUUCUCAUCGGUAAUCCGACUAGACACGCUGUCGCGUGUGCUCUACACAGCUUCAGUUUCUCUCCGCCACCUCCACCUCCACCGGCCCUUCAUUUCAUUUUUUUCGGAGCGAGAAAUUCAACUGCUACUGUCUCACACACAAAAUUUAAGUACUCAGAGUCGCAAAUUUUGUUUCGAAUCCUCUCUUUGCUUUGCUUCUUCUUCUUCUCCUUCUUUUUUUUAUUGAACUUUUGCUCUUUCCAACAAAACAGGAGAUAAAACGUUUGAAUUUUUAGGUUCCUACGCCUUCAUUAUCUCAGUCAGGGUUAUUCUAGGGUUUAGAGCUUCAUUCAAGCCGGUAAAAUAGAAUUGAGAGAUCAUCCAUUCAAAACUGAAGUGUAAAUAGUUUAAUUCGGAUACAUUCGAUUCGAAUUUUUUUGUGUCGGAUUUGAAAUUAGGGUUUCGAGUUGAAUUAUCGGACGAUGAUAAUAAAAAAAAUUACGAAAGGCGAAAUGCGGCGAGGCAAUACGAGAGAGGGGGCUUGUAACGAAUUAGACGAGGAGGAGAAUUUUGAAUACGAAUUGAUUCCAAAGAAGCGAAAGUUGAAUGGAUACAAUUCAAAUUCAAUGGGUUUAUAUAGUGAAUUUGAUGAUUUCAGGAGGGGUUCAUAUACUUAUCGCAGCGACGAAUCUUACUGGGCUAACGAAGUUCAGUCUAAUUCGAAGAAGAGAUUGAAGAAUCAGAGUUCGGCGAGCUCUCGAAAGUUGAUAUCGAGAUCUUCUCGAGGGCGAGUGCAAACGCUUCCUUCGAGGUUUAAUGAUUCGGUUGUGGAUAUCUGGAAAGGUGAGGAAUGUAGAAUUGAUGAUACUGAUACGGGAAUAGAGGAUGGUGAAUUUCAAGAUAGAAAGGAUUUUUGUAGUGAGAAAUAUAGAUAUAACAGUAAAUUCGAUUUCGUAAGCUCUAAUUCCUACCCCUUCUACGCCGCGGAAGGAAAAAGAGAAGCAGGCCAGUUAGGGUGUAACGAUUUUCAGUAUAGAAAUUGUAAUACUGCAGAGUUUUUGAGUUCGGGUAAUCUAUUGAUAGAAGAUGGGGAGUUUGUGCCAAAACAUAGGUAUACAGGCUUGGAUAAAAUGAGAAGAGAAAGGGCUCAUAAAAAGGACGUUUAUAAACCAGAGGAUUUUGCUUUGGAUGAUAUAGUUUGGGCCAAAUGCGGGAAGAGAUACCCAUGGUGGCCAGCUAUUGUGAUUGAUCCCAUUUUGCAGGCUCCUGAUGCUGUGCUCAGUUGUUGUGUUCCUGGUGCUAUUUGCAUUAUGUUUUAUGGUUACUCUAAAAAUGGAACUCAAAGGGACUAUGCUUGGGUGAAACAGGGGAUGGUAUUCCCCUUUGCAGAAUUCAUGGAAAGAUUUCAGGUGCAGUCUCAAAUGUUCAAGUGCAAGCUGAGUGACUUUCAGGUGGCACUAGAAGAGGCAAUUUUAGCAGAAAGUGGUUUCCAAGGCAUGGACAGCAGUUGUGCGGAAAUAGCAUAUCCUGAAGCUUAUCCCACUCGAUUCCAAGAAGCCAGCUGUUCAAUUCAGGAUCAGGACUUCUACAAUCAACAACAGGAUGCAUGUUAUAAUGACAUGAAAAUCUGUGAUGGUUGCAAUCUAAUCUUGCCAUGCAAAAUUGUGAAGAAAGGGAAGAGAUCAACAUUUCAAACUGAACUUCUAUGUAAACAUUGUGCUAAGUUAAGAAAAUCAAAGCAGUAUUGUGGCAUAUGCAAGAAGACCUGGCAUCAUUCAGAUGGAGGGAAUUGGGUAUGCUGUGAUGGCUGUAAUGUAUGGGUGCACGCUGAGUGUGACAGCAUUUCCAGCAAACUUUUCAAGGACAUGGAAGAUAUUGAUUAUUAUUGUCCUGACUGCAAAGUAAAGUUUAAAUUUGUGCAAUCAGAUUUAGAGAGAAGGAAGCCUCCAGUAAAGUCAAUAGAAAACAGUGGACAGGCUGUACCACUUGACAAGGUGACAGUUAUCUGCAAUGGGAUGGAAGGAACAUAUAUUCCAAAACUUCAUUUAAUUGAGUGCCACUGCAGUUCAUGUGGGUCACGGAAACAAGCACCGAGUGAAUGGGAAAAGCACACUGGGUGUAGAUCUAAAAAAUGGAAGCACAGCGUGAAAAUCAAAGACACAAUGUUACCACUGGCUCAAUGGAUUGCUGAAUAUAAUGCUUGUGUAGACCCUCUAAAGUUAGAUGAGCAGAAGCUACUUGCUUUUGUGCAAGAGAAGUAUGAACCUAUUUAUGCAAAAUGGACAUCAGAAAGAUGUGCUGUUUGUAGAUGGGUUGAAGAUUGGGAUGAUAACAAAAUUAUAAUCUGCAACAGGUGUCAAAUAGCUGUCCACCAAGAAUGCUAUGGGGCAAUUAACGUUCAGGAUUUUGCUUCAUGGGUGUGCAGAGCAUGUGAAACACCUGAUGUUGAGGAGUGCUGCCUUUGCCCUGUACAAGGGGGUGCUCUGAAGCCAAGUGAUAUUGAAAAACUGUGGGUUCACGUCAUAUGUGCUUGGUUUCAACCUGAAGUUGGUUUCUUGAAUCAUGAGAAAAUGGAACCUGCCACUGGAAUACUUAGAAUUCCAUCAACAUCAUUUAUAAAGAGGUGUGUUAUCUGUAAGCAGACCUAUGGUUCGUGCACCCAGUGUUGCAAGUGUGCCACCUAUUUCCAUGCAACAUGUGCCUCACGAGCAGGUUAUUUCAUGGAGUUGAACUGCACAGAGAAGAGUGGUAUGCAAGUCACAGAAAAGUUAAUAUAUUGUGCUGUUCACAGGAAGCCAAACCCAGAUUCUGUUGUAGUCGUGCGUACUCCUUCAGGGAUUUUCUCUGGAAGAAGUUUUCUUCAGAAUCGGAAUGGGUGCUCGAGGGGUUCAAGGUUGGUUUCAUCCAAGAAAGUGGAACUCCCAGAUCCCUCAACCAGAGAGAGUAAUGAAUUUGAACCUGUCUCUGCUGCAAAGUGCCGUGCUUUCAAAAGAACAAACUAUAAGGUGUCUGAAGGAGAGCCAAUAUUCCACCGAUUGAUGGGACCAAGACAUGAUUCUUUACAUUCAAUUAUAAGCCUGAGCACCUGUAAAGAAACUGGAGAUUCUACAGUUUUCUCUUCAUUCAAAGAACGCCUUUGCCAUUUACAGAAAACCGAAAAUCAUCGGGUGUCUUUUGGUAAAUCUGGUAUACAUGGAUGGGGCCUCUUUGCACGCAGAAAUAUUCAAGAAGGAGAAAUGGUCAUUGAGUAUCGUGGAGAGAAGGUGAGGCGGAGUGUUGCUGAUCUGAGAGAGGCACGGUACUGUUUGGAAGGCAAGGAUUGUUAUCUUUUCAAGAUCAGCGAGGAAGUUGUAAUUGAUGCAACAAAUAAGGGGAAUAUAGCACGGUUAAUCAAUCAUUCGUGUAUGCCCAAUUGCUAUGCGAGGAUAAUGAGUGUUGGUGAUGUGGAGAAUCGGAUUGUUCUCAUUGCCAAGACCGAUGUUUCUGCCGGUGACGAGCUAACGUACGAUUACUUGUUUGAUCCAGAUGAACGUGAUGACAAAGUUCCUUGCCUCUGUAAAGCUCCCAAUUGCAGGAAGUUCAUGAAUUAAAGCUCGAGAUUGACUUUUGAUGUAUCUGUGUGAAAGCAUCAGACUCAUCUAUUAAUCUGCAAUGAACCUGUAAUUUAAUUCAUUUACUUACUCUGAUAACGAUCCCAUUUUUUGUAGCUAUAAAAUGUAAAUCCACUAGCUGUUUGGUUGGCACCUUGAAUUUUUUUUUUUUAAAAAAAACAACAGCUGCUAAUCCUUUUAAUCCAAAUUGCAACAUUAACCCGCA